UUGAACGGGGCGUCGGAUGUUCCUCUGGAGGGUCGUCACACAGAGAGCGGAGUUUAACUCCCACCCCCAUCUGACACACCCUUUAUAAAAACGCUGGCAGCGUCGGGAAUCUGACACAAGACCUCGGACAACGCUGGGAGUCGCACCGCAGCAACGUUUGCAGCCUUUCACCAAGAUUCUUCUGCCGGGAUGUCGCUGGUCGUGGUCCUCUGCCUGCUUGCUUGCGUCCACGCGAGCGUCGACGCGUAUCCGCACAAGCCCGUCAGCCCCAGAGAAGGAGCCCCCCCCGAGGAGAUGGCCAAAUACUACUCCGCGCUCAGGCACUACAUCAACCUCAUUACACGGCAGAGGUAUGGAAAAAGAGACAGUCCAGACACGAUGUUUUCUGAUGUGUUUGUGAAAGAGAGCGCCGAGACCAUCCCCGGGUCCGCUGAUGUCAGGUACGAUGAGCUGCCAAUGUGGUGAUGAUGCCGGAGUUGUGUAAAACUUUUGAUUUGGGGUUGACUUUCACUCGCAAAACGUGUUGCAUGAAAUAUUGUGUUUUGACAAAGUACACGUAUUGUAUAUUGUAAAUAUUGCUCAUCCACGUCUUCUGGUGGUCCUCGCGUCCAUUACUGAGCAGUGUCAUCUAGCGGCGAGUGGCGGUACGAGCCUAUUUUUGUACUUCAGUACAGUCCUAAAGUAUUUGACUGCAUUUUGUGUUUGGGAUAAGAAUAAAAUUCGAAAAUGAGCUGCGUUGUGAGUAAAAAAAAAAUAAUAAAAAAAAGGAUUCAUUUUAUAUUUGUAGCUAUCACUAUUAUCAAAUUAUUGUUAAAUGUAUUACAGACAUUUUCCGCUCAUGCUUCACAUAGAAUUAUAUUUCCAAGGAUGAAAAUGCCUUUGCUUUGUCGUAGUUUCUCUGAUAGUCAAUAAAUAAACACAAAGCUGUUGCUUGAUUAACAUUUGUGGGUAUUUUUGUUUUUUUUUUAUGAUCUUCCUCAAGUCCAAGCACAUGUCGAUUUUCCAUGACAGUGAGAGUGCGGUACUAGAACCGCUCGUAGUAGCGUCGGUACCAUGCGAAAGAAUUACUAAGUAUUGUUCCUUGUCUUUGUUUUUACUAUAUAGUAUUCUACGUUCAUUUCCAUUUAAUGUUUAAGAAUUGUUUUUCAACUAUUAUGUUGUAUUUUUUUAAAUGUAACUUUUAUAUGUAAUUUGUCUUGAAUUAUUACUUUGGCUUUUAUUCUAAUUUUAAUUUGUGUUAAUGUUUAAACUGUUGAUAAUGUCACAGUGUAUUACAGUCACAUUAAACUUAAAUUUUAGGAAUCAACCUGCUGCACUCUUCUUUUUUUUUAUGAACCCUUGGGCCUA